AUGUCGUUAGAUCCAGAUGCUGGCAUUAAAACUCUAGGUAUACAUUGGAAUGCCAGGGAAGAUAGCAUAUUUUACAGUGUAAAUACAACCAAAACCAAAGCAAUUACUAAGCGAUCUAUUUUAUCUAAAAUAGCUCAAUUAUUCGAUCCUCUUGGAUUACUUGGACCUGUAAUUUUAUAUUCUAAACUUAUCAUACAAUUGCUAUGGAAGGCUGGUAUUGAUUGGGACGAAUCCGUUCCUCUUGAUGUGCACACCUUAUGGGUCACUUAUAUAGAGCAACUUCCAUUAAUUGAAUCGGUGCGAUUCAACAGAUGUUUUACCAUAGCUGGCGCUAAUAAUAUUCAGCUACAUGGUUACUGCGAUGCCAGCGAAAAGGCCUAUGAGAAAUAUAGUUCUCUCAGUAAGAUCACACGUUUGUUUGCAUAUUUGCUACGCUUCAUAAAUAAUUUGAAGAGUAGAGAGCCUCAAAGAGCACUAAAUCAGUUACAGCAGUCCGAGUUGGAUUCUGCUUUAAUUAUAAUUCUCAAAAUCGUACAAAGAUCUCCUCUCGCUGCAGACAUUGAUCACCUAAAGACUCAUCAUAUGGUCCGGGAGAACAGCCGAUUCAUACCACUGAGUCCGUUUCUUGAUGAAAAAGGUCUCCUUCGUGUAGGAGGUAGACUAUCUCAUGCUGAACUACCUCCAAGUCAGCGCCACCCUAUUUUACUACCUGCACAUCAUAUUACUCGUUUAAUCAUCCGGGAAGAGCAUGAACGACUACAUCAUGCUGGUGCCCGAACGACCUUAUAUUCCGUACGCCAAAAAUACUGGCCCUUAGACAGCCGCACCACCACACGAAAGAUUAUACACCAAUGCGCCACCUGCUUUCGAGUCAAGCCGCGACCUGCCAGUCAUAUCAUGGGUGAUCUUCCGUCUUAUCGUGUCGAGCAAGCUCGACCUGUUCUUCGCGUGAGAGUCGAUUAUUGUGGUCAACUAUUUAUUAAAGAAAGGCGAUUUCGCAAUCGCCAAAAAUUAAAGGUUUAUGUAGCCGUUUACGUCUGUAUGUCCACGAAGGCUGUACACCUUGAAUUAGUCUCUGAUCUUACUACUGAAGCCUUUUUAGCUAGCCUGAAACGCUUUUUUUCGAGACGCGGAUUGUCUUCCGAUAUUUAUUCUGACAACGGCACCAACUUCGUGGGUGCUAGUCGCGAGCUUCAAGAGCUAUACACUUUAAUUAAUUCCCCAGCUCAUAAGAAGUCGAUUCAGCAAUAUGCUGCUGAACAAAACAUAAAUUGGCACUUUAUCCCUCCCAGGGCACCUCACUUUGGAGGGCUCUGGGAGGCUGCAGUAAAAUCAUUUAAGAAUCAUUUGAUACGCACAGUCGGUAAUACAUUAUUAACUUUUGAACAGUUAGAAACUUAUAUAACCGAAAUAGAGGCAAUAUUAAAUUCUCGUCCAAUUUCACCUUUAUCCUCUGAUCCCAAUGACCUUCUACCCUUGACUCCUGGCCGAUUCCUCAUUGGUGGACCACUGACCAGUUUCCCACAGGUAGAUUUCACGGAUACCAACUCCAAUCGUCUAUCAGCUUGGCAACACGCUCAGCAAUUAAAGCAGCACUUUUGGAAGCGAUGGUAUAAGGAGUACCUUCAUCAAUUGAUUACCAGAGUUUCUGACAGCAAGAAUCCUGACAAUACUCAAGUUGGUUCACUGGUUCUCAUCUCUGAGGACAAUCUUCCACCUCUAAAGUGGGCACUAGGCCGUGUCAUAUCCGUUCAUCCAGGAGCAGAUGGAGUGGUGGGUAUAGCCACUCUGAAGACGGCAUCCGGAGAGUAUAAACGCUGCGUGAAGAGAUUGUGUCCAUUACCCGUCAACUAG